AUGAAGAUUGACAAAAUUCUCUCAGCGCUCGAGUCUGGCCUAGGAGCAACCCGCUUGUCGCCCAACAUCUCCGGCCUGACACUGACUCUCUCGCAGCGCACACGUGCCUCAGGCGCCCGCCACUUCUGGCGCGAGCACCUGCGGCGGAUCCAGUUCGCCAACCCCGCCCUGCCGAUCACAGUGAACUACCCGCGCGAGCCAUGCCCGCCAAAACUCGACAUCCAGUUCGCCAACGCCAGCGUUGAGACAAUCAGCGUCUCGGGCAUGAAAUCGGAAGACAUCUGCAAAAGGCUGCUUGAGAAGAGCGUCUGA